AGAGAGAGAGAGAGACAGAGAGACAGAGACAGAGAGAGAGAGGGGGGAGGCUUCUUCUUCUUCUUCUUCUUCAAGCUGCAAAAAUCUCAGCUCCCAUGGCGCUCUCUCGCCCCCCUCCCUUCUUCGCCGGUUGCUGCUCCCGGCGGCGUUGUUCUUCGCCGGAAUCGUUGACGUCCCAUUUCGUUUCCUCUUGAGAUUUUUCUUCAGGGGGCUCUUUUUGAUCUCGAGGAGGUUGGUUCUGGAGCUGCUAACCCUUUGACCGUGAGAAGCAGAUCAGCUCCCCUUUUGCUCGAAAUUUUGAGACGGCAUGGAAGACGCGGGCGGCGGCGGCGACAAGGAGGUCCGAGCUCAGAGCUCGUGGAUCCCGGCGACCCCGGGGAAGCCCAUUUUGCCCCGGCCGGGGCCAAUCUGCUCGGAGGCGCGAGGAACCGAGGCGAACGGCGGGGACUCGUCGGAAUCGGACGAAUUCCCACCCGGGUUCGCCCCGAUUUGGCGGGCUGACGGGGUCGCUCCGUCCGGCAAUCCGGGUCGCGGCGGCGGCGCGGAGAUGAUGAAGGGAGGCCUCGAGGAUCUGGCGGCCGCCGGCUUCUUCGGCCAGGACGAGACCGCCAGGAUGUGGCCGAAUCUUUCGGUCUCGGCUGGUGUCGGGGUGGAGAGCGGUCACUUCCGGGGCCUGUUGGCUCUGGUAGACGCUGCGGCCAUGGGAGGGCCGCCGGAUGAACACCCGAAGAGUUCUUUCAUCUCCUUCUCCGAUCCGCACAGAGACGGUCGGUGGCCGUCUCCGAGCCCGGCGGACCGCAGGGUCGCCGAGCCCGAUCCUCCGCACCGUCCAUGGGUCGAUGGAAAUCACUGGCCAAGUUAUCCGGACAAGCUUGCGAAUGCUCAGCUACGCGCAUAUGACCUGAACUUGCCACCCUCGAUGGCCGAAGAUGCAAUGUCGAAAGGCAUUCUUCAUUUCGCGCCAAUUACCCCAGAAAAGGCUGUUGGAGCAGAGAAGAAAAUUGCUUCUCAAGUGCCCAACAUAUGCACAUAUGAAAGGCGGAGGCUUGAGCGUAACAUCAUGGAGGUGGACAGAGAUGCCACCAAGACUUUCGCACCCGAGAUCAGUCAACAAGAUAAAGAGCUCAAAGAGUCUGGAAUGGGGUCACCGUCUAAUGUUGUUUCCACAUUGAUGGAGAAUCACGACCCUGAGAAGGGAGACGCCCAGAUGAUAGGCUUGAACAAAACUCCGCAACAGAAGACGAGAAGGAAAAAACACAGGCCGAAGGUGGUGAAAGAGGGAAAGCCGAAAAGGGCUCCGAGGUCAACAGCUCCAAAGCCCGCUGAUGGGGGGAAGACCAGGGUUAAGAGAAAAUAUGUGAGGAGAAAAGGAGUUGAGAAACCACAAGCUUUACCCACGGAAGGGGCUGAGGACUCCUCCAUUGAUCUAAAAGUACGCCAACCGCCCAAAAAAUCCUGCAGGAGGGCCUUGAACUUUGACAACGAAGAACAGCCGAUGGAAAAGACACUUCAUGCAUCAGCGUCCAUUUCAGAUUCACCAGCACAGGAUUUCCAACAAACUAGGAGAGUUCAGCCGAACCUAGCCGAGCAGCUUGCCCAAGAAUUUGAGGUCUUUCUGGAAAACAGAAACAAAAGCGAACUUGACUGCAGCACAGACCCAACGAAGAAAUGCUACAUUUCGACACCAGAACAGGGCAUCAUGGGAGAGAUGAGUUUUGUCCAAAAUAACCAUAAUCCAGAACGCUCGGAUGCUGGUUAUACAAGGAAGAUCCUUGACAAAAAAGGCCAAUUGAACACUAACAAUGGAUGUGAAACCAUUGCACAAGUUAUCCCGAGAGCCAAUCCUGAAGCAUGGGGAAAAGGUCAGGAGGCUCCCUACGGCAGCAAGAGCACGACUUUGUUGGUCGAGGAAUACGAAGCACAAUGUAAGCAAAAAUUAGAUACUUGUGAACUUGCAAAGUUCGGCAGCACAAAUUUUCUCGGAGCCCAAUACAAUAGCUUACAAGCAUACAUGACAACGUCUUGGGUCCACUUUCCAGUCAUACAUAAGAGGAAGAGAACAGAGAAGGUGCAGCAAAAUACGGGGACAACCCACGCUUCUGCAGCUAAAGUUACUGACUGGAACAGUCCACCCCAACCUAAUUCCUUCUAUCCAGCUACAACUCGAGAGUUUGGAGCAGAACUCGACAAUAGGCACCACACUGUCGGAUGUCUCCUGGAAUUUAAUCAAAGAAACAAGACGACCAAAAAGAGAUCCAGGGCUCCAACUCGGGUACGAGAUUUUGCCUCAUUAAUCAGACUCCUACCAGAUGAUUCCCACAGACAAGCAGAAUAUGGCUUCUCACAGAAACCGCACUCUUGCAUAGAAGCCCUGCUUGAGGAGAUACAAUCGACACUGUCAAGAAAGAAACGGACUAAGAAGAGACUUUCUCUGGUUACUUCGGCCUAUGGUGGUGCAUUGCAGCUGCAUGGACCACUUGUCAUGCACAAUAACCAAAGCACUUUAAACAGAUCAUCAGGGGCUCAAACAGAGUUAUUGUGGAGACAGAUGACCUCUUUAGAUGCGAUCAUCAAACAAUUUGAGAACCUAGAUAUCAACAGAGAGACCGAUGGAAUUCAAAAUGCAUUAGCAUCUUAUGAAAUGACGAAUCAUGAGCACAAUGCACUUGUUCUCUAUAAGAGGGGCGGAACUGUCGUGCCUUUCGACAAUUCAUUUGGUCCACCGAAGAAACGACGCCCACGACCAAAAGUUGACCUUGAUGAAGAAACCAGCCGAGUGUGGAAGCUUCUUUUGGAAAAUAUAAAUAGUGAAGGUAUUGAUGGAACAGAUGAAGAGAAGGCAAGAUGGUGGGAGGAAGAACGGAGAGUCUUCCGAGGGCGUGCAGACUCAUUUAUUGCACGUAUGCAUCUUGUUCAAGGUGAUAGACGUUUUUCUCCAUGGAAAGGAUCAGUGGUUGAUUCAGUUGUGGGAGUUUUUCUAACUCAAAAUGUAUCAGACCAUCUGUCUAGUUCGGCAUUCAUGUCACUGGCAUCUCGUUUUCCCCAAAAACGAAUCCCCGAAAUGUGCUCUGAUGAAGGAAUUGCAAUAAUUAUCGAUGAACCAGACACAGACAUCUUGGAGAUGGAGUACCCCUCGAGUGAAAAAGGUCCCAAUGAAACAGCGUGUGGCCAGAGCUCGAUCACUGACAAUGAAUAUGAGAAGAAUGAAAUAAAAGAGGUUGUCAACAGCAAUAAUUCUGUCGGAGUUAAAGCUUGUUGCAUUAGCUUAGCAGAUGAGCCAAAAUGCCAGAUGUCAAAUUCAAGUACAAGUGUUUCAGAGAAGUUAUCUCCUUUCAUUGAAGAUACUUCAACUGCUGCAAUAACCCAAAUAGAUGAGGGUCAUAUCAAAGGAGAUGGGAAAGCAGAAAGUUCAUCUCCAAAUUCGGUAAUAUCAUCUCAAAGUUCUGUGGACUCACCGCCAGCUCAGGCUGCUGAAAGGACAGGAUCUAGUUCAGAUGUUUUGAUAAAUACUUUUUCCAAAACUGACAGCUUGGAUGGUUUACAGUCAUUUAUGCAGCUAUUGGAUAUGGCUGGCUCAAAUGUUCCACCAGAGGUUUCUGUUCGUGAAAUUGAAGAUGCGUCAGUAAACGAGAAUAUGGAGAACGUAAUAAACAAAUCCAGUGAGAAGGAGGAUGGUGAGGAAACGCUGCAAGCAGACACUUCAUGUAGAAUAUCUACCUCAGGUUUCACCAGCUGUCUGGCAUUUUCAGAAGUUGAAUGCCCAAAAAAUUUCAUACAAGAAACCAACUCUGGUGGGAGUUUCAAGAAUGAGAAUGAGCAAAUUAUCAGGGAUGAAGCAGCAAUAAGUUUCGCUAUAACAGACAGUAAGAUGACAGAGAUUUGUGAAGAAACGCGUGAGCAUUCAAUUAAGAAUAAUCAACCAUGCAACAGCUGUCUAGGAGGUGAAAUCUCUGAAAACAGGCCUGCUAUGGACCGUGAGAUAGUACCCGAAGCAGCGUGUCAAGGGGAAACCAGUAAAAUACAGACAGAUGUGUACUUCUCAGAAUUUUCAGGGGAAAAAGAAAGCACUGGCACAAGGGACAUUUCAAAAUGCGCUGAUCAUGAAUCUGCAGAUACACACCCUUCUAAGCAUGGUCUUUCACUAACUGACAAGUCAAACAAGACUAAUAAAACAAAUUCAAAAGGAAAGAGUCGAGGUGCUGGUAAGGAGAAAAAAGAAGAUUUUGACUGGGAUAGCUUAAGAAGACAGGCAGAAUCCAAUGGAAGGAAAAGAGUAAGAACGCCAAACACAAUGGACUCUGUGGACUGGGAAGCUGUCAGAUGUGCAGAUGUCAAUGAAAUUGCUGAUGCCAUCAAGGAGCGAGGAAUGAAUAACGUACUUGCAGGAAGAAUCAAGGAUUUCCUCAAUCGGCUUGCAAGAGAACACGGAAGCAUUGAUCUAGAAUGGCUCAGGGAUGUUCCACCCGACAAAGCAAAAGAAUAUCUGCUGAGCAUGAGAGGCUUGGGGUUGAAGAGCGUCGAGUGUGUGCGGCUUUUAACGCUCCACCACCUUGCUUUUCCAGUAGACACAAAUGUUGGACGUAUAGCUGUAAGGCUUGGAUGGGUACCACUUCAACCAUUGCCCGAGUCACUUCAAUUGCAUCUUUUGGAACUCUAUCCUGUCUUAGAAUCUAUUCAACAAUAUCUAUGGCCAAGAUUGUGCAAGCUCGAUCAGAGAACUUUGUAUGAGCUGCAUUACCAGAUGAUAACAUUUGGAAAGGUCUUCUGCACAAAAAGCAAACCAAAUUGCAAUGCCUGCCCUAUGAGAGGAGAAUGCAGACACUUUGCAAGUGCUUUUGCGAGUGCAAGGCUUGCUCUACCCGGGCCAGAGGAAAAGAGCAUAGUGAAUGCAAUGGUAAGAAACAUAGCCAGCCAAAACAUUGGCGAGACAUUGCCUCUGUCUUUACCACUGGCGAAGGAGAACUUAGAAGAACAGCAACUAGAAGCAAGACCUGGAGCAAGUAACUGUCAACCUAUUAUAGAGGAACCUGCAACCCCAGAACCAGACUGCACUCAGAUAGCAGAAAAUGACAUGGAGGAUAUGUUUUCAGAUGAUUUCAACGAAAUUCCUACAAUCAAACUUAACAUGGAAGAGUUCACUCAGAAUUUACAGAAGUACAUGCAGCACAACAUGGACCUUCAAGAAGAUGACAUGUCAAAAGCUUUAGUUGCUUUAACCCCCGAAGCUGCCUCCAUUCCUGUGCCUAAACUUAAAAAUGUGAGCCGGCUACGGACGGAGCACCUAGUGUAUGAAAUACCAGAGGGACACCCUCUUAUGAAUGGGCUGGACAAGCUAGAAGCGGAUGAUCCGUCCAAAUACCUCCUCGCAAUAUGGACACCAGGUGAAACGGCUUCUUCUGUUCAACCACCUGAGCAUAGGUGCAAUUCCCAAGAAUUUGGCACACUUUGCAACGAAAUAACUUGUGUCUCGUGUAACAGUAUAAGAGAAGCAAAUUCGCAGACUGUUCGUGGGACAUUUCUGAUUCCAUGCCGUACAGCAAUGAGGGGGAGUUUUCCGCUAAAUGGCACAUAUUUUCAAGUUAACGAGGUAUUUGCUGACCAUGAGACGAGUAUAAAUCCUAUAGAUGUUCCUAGGAGUUUGUUGUGGAAACUUCAAAGGAGGACUGUGUACUUUGGAACUUCUAUACCAACAAUAUUCAAGGGUUUGUCAACAGAAGGCAUUCAACAAUGCUUCUGGAGAGGAUUUGUUUGUGUGAGGGGAUUUGAUAGGAAAACACGGGCACCCCGUCCAUUGAUGGCCAGGCUACACUUUCCGGCUAGUAAGUUACCUAAGACAAAAGGUAAGAAGGAUGAUGGUCAAUAAUGCACACUAUGUUGGGUGCCGGCAAGACCAGAUCAAUAACCAUGUUAGGCGAAGCAUUUGAGGAACCAUGCCUUGGAUAGCAAAUUCCAGGCAACUGCAUGGACCAUGGCCAGAAGUUCCACGAAGCAGAGAUUUUAGGGAUUAACAAGGUUGUUGUAGCUACUCAUCUCGUGCUCGGGUUUGAGCCAUUCUUUCAUGUCAGUAUACAACUCUGGAAGCUUUGAACUAUGGAAAGAUUUUUCACAGGGCUUUAUGCAAAAGCGGAGAGACGGUUUAAGCUAUAGAAUUUCAGCAACAGUGUACAGAAGCAUAAAGCUCGAGAGAGAAGCUAGCAGCUAGUACUUUCAAGAGUUGUGAGGACCAUUUAGGAAGUAUUGCAUAAUCACACAUCUCUUCAUACUCUUCACAUGAA